AAACUCUUACUGGAAAACGUGAUUAUUAGAAGCCUGGCGUCGAGAACACUGAAGAUGCAGCAGAUGGCGCAAAAGAGAUUCUAAAGGAUCAGAACAUACUCUUUUUGGUACAACUCAUCAUUUGGAAUUUGUGCAAACAUGGUAUAUUAACAAAAUGGAUCUUUCAUUGCCAGGGGGAUUUGUGUGGUCAGAAAAUAAAUUUGAAGUGAUCCAGUCUGUUUUCAAAAUGGAUGAAGGUAUUUAUUCCUGGUUAACUGUGGAAGAUAUGGUUAAAUUUUUCAAGAAUUUUGCUAUAAGCUUAACAGAUGAAGAACCGAGUCCAGAAGAAUUCAAAUGUGAGCAGAUUUAUUGUGGUUAUAUGGAUGACAUACUAAAUACAGAUCAGGCCUGGAAGGAAGUGGAAUUAUGGCAUAUCCAUUAUAACAACUGGACAAACAUACAGAGAAAGUUCAAGGCUGCUACUAGAUGGAAAGUAUUAUCAGAAGAAGUCUUUAUAAAAUUGCCAUAUGGGCAGACAAUUCUUUUGCAAGAUGUUAUACGUUCUCUAGGAGAAAAUUCUCCCUAGGUUUGCAUGGAUUUUGUUUUAUACACAAGUUAUAAUUUAAUGAAACUUUUUAAUCUAAAUUUCAUAUGUAUGAAAUAUAUUGUUAGUUUUCAGUUUUUUAAACACAUCUACAUAGCUGACUUAUAAGAUUAUUUAUUAUCAUACAUUAUUUAAAUGAAUCUCUUUGUUUAGCAACUAAUAUUGAGUUUAAAUUUCAUAUGUGUGAAAGAUGUUAAACUUGUUAAAAGUUUUAGAAAUGCUUUUUAUACAGCUAGUUUAUUAAAUUAUGCAAAAACAUAUGUGCAUAAUACUUUUGUCUGUAUUUUAGUUAUAAAUCAAAUUAAAAUGCUAUAAAAUAUAAAUUUUUAUUAUUUCAUUCAUUCCUUUUUCUCCCCUACAAAAAAAAAAAAAAAAAAAAAAAAAUAUUAAAUGAGAGGCCAUUGAGAACAAAAAAUAAUAAACAGUAAUCUGUAAAAGUCUUUAUGUCAAAAUUCUCUAAAAAAAGAAAAUUUUAUAUGAUGCUUGGAAAGGAGGAAAGACAAACUUAUUCAGUUGCACUACAGCCUUUCAUAGUCCAAGUGUGCAGGCAAGUUUUAGAAGGCAGGCACAAAUUAGUGUUGUGCUCCAUCAAGAUAUUGUGAACUGUGCUACGUUUCUUCUUUGGCCGAAGGGAAUGUGCAGGCAAGCCUCAAUAUUUAUUUAACAUCAAGUCUGUUCACAGCGACCGCUCAAUGAUAGAGUGAAAUAGAAGGCUACAAUUGGUUUCUCUUCCUUCUGUUGCUGGGCUCCGAGGGUGUAGGACGGUCUUCUGGUUGUCCUUACCCAGGAUGACGCGUGAGCCAUUUUGUUCUUUUUCGACCGCCAUCUCAAUAUUGUAUGAAGAGCAAUAUAUUCCUCCUAUAAAGAAAUUAGUACUGAAGGUUCAACUAAAAUAAUGUAGACUAACUGCCGCUGUAAAUUGACGAUGUUCUACAAUUAAAAAAAUCCUCGAAAGGACUUCAUGUGCACGUGUUCCACUUUCCGGAUGAUAUGAUUAUUCACCUUGUGUUUCUUCAAAAAUAUACUGGAAUAACCAGUCAACUCAAUUUCCGUCAUUAUAUAAUUUACUUUUUUUAUCACGGAACUUUGCUUGACGUUGAUGUAAUGAGAUCUACUUGGAUUGGAACAUGACGCACGUCUCGUACGAAAAGUUAGGAUUCAAAAAAUGGUAGGACUGCGACUUUCGGCCUCUACAUGAUCACGACUGAUAUUCUUCUGUCUGGCGAUAUUUAUUCAAUUUAUGCUGGUACCGAUUCAAAAUUUAAUGAUGCCAAGAUAUAAUAAAUAUUAUUUAAUUUACAUUAUCUGAAUUGUCAUCCUUUGGGAGUAAGUUAUUAGUAUUUCUGGCUUAUUGCGCUAUUUUUUAUUACAUCAAGGCCAUCUUAACAAGCUUCCUCCAACGGAUCUGAUUAGUCGCUAUGGUUCGCCAAUGACAGAUUUUUAGAGUCCUGAGAUCUGCCUCUGUGCGAUGUCUUCCUCUUUUCCUGGUAUCUUAUAGGUUUGCAAAAAUAAAUAAUUUAUUUAAAAGGGUCCGGACAGCAUCGAUGGUAUUUUUGUAAUCAAAGCUAUAUUGUAAACUAAGCAAGGUUCUCGGUAAACAGAAGAGAAACACCCUCUAAUGACAUUACAAAUUAAUUAUCUAUGAGUUUCCUCGACACUUCUCAUCUGAUAAUUUUGCAAAAUUAUCACUACUUUAGUAUACAAAAAAUAAUGAUUUCAAAUGUAAGAAAUCUGCUUACAUGGCACAUUUGCCUUCUGUUAAGAUAAACAGGAAAAGGGAAACUAUAAAAUUAGCAAAUGUAGUUAACAGCAUAAGAAUUCAAAAGUUACUCUUAGUGAAUAUUAAAUUUAAUUGUAAGCAGUAAAUUCUAAGCAAAAACUCGGCUAAUUAACUAAAAGUUAUAUAAGUGUACAUGAAAUAUAAGAAAAUUUAAUAAAAUUUAUUUAUUCUUUUCAUUUCUGUCAAGUUCAAGGGGUCAAAAUCAUCUGCAUAAUUCUUUUAAAAUCUCCUCUUUUAGAUACAUAAUUUGACUUAGAAUGUCAGAAUUUAUUUCCAUUAUCUUGUUAUAAGAGAUUUAACAGGAGUUUGCUUAGCCUUCGCUAUUUCCAUUUUUAAAUCAAUUUCUACCAAUUAUAUCUUUGUUUAACUAAGUUUCUCUUUCGAUUUUAUGUACACUAAGAAGAGGAGUUAGAAGUAAUUUGCAAUACAAAAUCCAUUUCAUAACAACAAGGAAUAGUAAAGCGUACCCUGUCAAAGAUUAAGGCAUAAUCUUAUUCUUACCCACUUACUCCAAACUGUAGCAUAUCCAUUUGCUAAAAAUAUUAGAUGAUUUUUAUUUUGCAUGCCUCUAAGCAGGAAACAUCCCUGAAGAUUUUACACCGCAUUUUUGAUAUCAAAACACAAAUUGUUUACAUGACCUUGAAAUGACAGUAGCACAAUAAUUCACCCCCCUCAACACAUGACCAAAAAUAAAAACUGAUAAAGUACUUAGUUACAAAAAGAAAUAAUUUAUUUCCUUAAUCAUUUGGAGAAUUUUCUCAAAAACUUGUUUCUACAAGCAACAUAAUAUGAAGUAUUUCAUAUUAAAGCGUUCAUUUUUUUAUUACAAAUUAAACAAUCAACAUGUUUUGGUUCUAGUUUAACUCUCCAGCAUCACAGGUUUAGCUCAGAAAUUUCAGUUUCUCAAAAUGUCAUAAAUUACUGGUAUUUUCUUGAUUAUAGUUAAAAAUGAUUCUCUCACUUUGUAUCUUGAUUCCUUUUCUUCUAAUAUAAAUCCAACCCAAAAUCAGAUAUAUUAAAAGCUGGCAGAAAUUUCCAUGUGUAAUGAAUAUGAAAGCAACCCUUCUGUAUGAAAUUUUCCAUUCAUAACUCUGAGAGGGUUUAAAGUAAAAUAUUCUUAUGUAAUAAAAACUUUUACAAUUUGAGACUGAAA